CCCAUAACAUUACGACUCGGAUUGGGCAAGUCACUUUUACAUCUGUGUGCUAUGGAAAAUUAAAAUGGAGAGAGAACAUCGGAAACGAAAGUUAGAUAACAGGAGGUACUCGUAAACUGGUAAAGUGAAAAAACCAAAUAAUGAGUCACCAGAGUGAGAUAGAGAAAGAGAAGUACAGAAACUGGGUGAAAGGUGGAUUAGCAUAUAAAUACCUAAAACAAGGUCUAGACGAGUUUGCUGAUGAUGUUGUUAAACAAGAACAAAGCAGAAUAUUACGUUCUAUCUCUAUACCAGGUACUAUCUGUAAUCAAUGCAUCAUUGAGCGUUUGCGACCAAAACAUGCAUGUAUAACAAAUUAUGCAGGUAAUUAUGAAUGCCCCUGGGGACAGCGUAAGUGUAAUUGUUUGCACUUAAAGAAGAAAAAAUGUCGUCUUGAAGUAUGUGAUUUCAUUAUGGAAGAAAUAUUAAAAACCCACGGAUCCACCCCACCAACACCAAACUGGACGAAUACAGAUAUACAGAAAUGGUGUACAGAACCGUGGGAAGUCGCCAAAUGCUUCAUCAAUGCACCUGGAUAUUCGGACAAGACAAAGGCAGCUGAUAUAGACAUAUCCGGAUUACUCCAUGUCUUCAUUAAUAGCACCAAUCUUCAUUCUCAUUUAGCUUGCUCAAUGGCUGGAAAAAAUAUUUUUAUCAAGGUACGAGAAAGAAGAAACAAACUUUUCCAUUCCACUACCAUGGAGCUUGAAGAUGGGGAAGUGGCUGAAUGCAUAGAUGAUAUCAUUGAAAUUCUGGAAGACCCAAAAGAACUCAGAGGAAGACCUGAAGCUCAGGAAGCUGUCAAGAAACUUAAACAGUUGAAGGAAAGCAAAUUUGUAAUAACAACCAACGAUGAAAUAGAUGUACGUAAAGAAGCAAUAUUGUUUGUUAGCCAAAAAUCAGAUGAGUUAAAACAAAUGGUUGAAGGUGGCAAAAAUGAAGUUAGAUACCUUAUCGACCAAGAAACGGUUAAAGCUAAGGAAAGCAUACAAAAAUGUCAAAAUGAUGCAGUAAAGGAAUUCAACGAACACAGGGAAAUUCUAAACGAAAGAGUAACAAACCUGGAAACGAAUGUACCUGACAAAGUGGAGAAAUUAAAAACAGAGGUUUCUAAAAGAGUCGGAAAAGUGGAAUCAGACGUUUCUGUUUUGAAAUCAGAUGUUUCUUCUGUGAAAGAACAAGUGACUUCAUUAAAAAGCAAAGAUAGAGAACUAGACAGUAAACGUCAGUUAUACAAGAGGCAUUCAGAUUACGUCAAAGGAAAGCAAGAGCUACAAGCCCAACUUGUUAAAUAUUACAAGAAGCAUUAUGUGAAGACAUCACUUUCACCUUUGAAACAACAACAAGAUACCAUUAACAUUGAAGAUAUAUAUGUAACCCCCAAGAUAGAAGUCACGGAGGAAGAAAAAUAUGUGAAUAUUGAUAAAAAUACGACAAAGAAGCCAGAGAAAAGAUACAUACAAGGAUAUCAUGAACUCUUUCAAACAAAAGGGCAGCAACAUAAAAAGAUAUAUAUAUUAGGCGAUGUUGGAACUGGAAAGAGUACUUUCUGCAAAAUGAUGAUUGAAAACUGGUGUAACGCUGUUAGUGGUAGAAACAAUAAAUCGGUUCUAAUGAAUAUUCUACGAAGAUUAAAAACCGUAUCAAGUCAUAUAAAUAUGACAAAUAAUGAUGUCUAUCAGAUGGGGAGGUUUGAAUUUCUUUUCUUGAUCCCACUACAAUAUAUGUCAGUGUUAAAGACUGACGUCACUGUUGAUAUGAUUAAAGAAUUAACAAAAGAUCUCACUUCAGAUAAAGAUUUGAUUGACAGAAUAUUUCAGGAAGACUCAAUGCGUUGUCUUAUCAUUAUUGAUAGCUUGGAUGAAUGGACGCCUCCUAAAGAUAUUGUGCGUAAACCACAUGUAAGUUACGGGAUUCCAAACGGAGACAGGGCUAAAGACGCAACAGUCAUUACAUUAUCAAGACCAUCAGCAAAAGGAAUUCUUAAUUUAAAAAACUCAGAAAUUGAUCUUAAGUUACAGUUAUUAGGUUUAUCUAGUAGCUCAUUGAAAUCAUUCAUAGAUCGAUAUAUCUCAAACACAACCUCAACCGAAAAGUCUUACAAUGAAUUCAUUUCAAUUAUGAAAAAAAAGCAAAUUGGUCAUAUAGAGAAAACACCGUUGCUUUUGCAACAAAUACUGUGGUUAUAUUGUAAUGAUAUGGAACUUGGAAAAUCUGUAAGUGAAACUUACUGUCAGAUUUUUAAUAUCAUGUGCGGUUGGUCAGACCACAAAGUUGACGGAAAUGACGUACGAAAUGAUGCAAUAGGAGAUAAAAACAUAUUUUUGCCUGAAAAUGUGCAAAUAUAUCCUAGAUUUAGAAACAACAAACGAGUUUUAUUUCUAAUGGGUGCUACUGCAUUUGACAUUUUGACUUCCGGCUCGAUAAGAAACAUAUUUGGGCGACAGCAUCUUCUGGAUAAAGGACUAUCUGUAGAUGAUGUCACUAAGCUAAUACAAUUUGGUAUCUUAAAAGAAAGCAACUGCUUUGACCAAACACAGGAAGACACACAAUUUUCUUUCAUCCAUAUGUCUUAUCUUGAGUUCUUUGCCGCUUUGUAUGUGACCUCAAAUGGUAACAUAAAAGAAACCAAAUGUUUGAGAGAAAAAGAAGAUGAAAAACAGGAAGUUUUAGAAAAGCUUUUUGGUACAUGUGAAUCUGCUAGUGACAUAUUGCAGUUAUCUAAUGUUAUUAAAAUGGUAUGUGGUUUGUCUCCCAUCCUGAUUGGUGAUUUGUCUCAACGUAUAUCAUGUAUUGUGAAUAAGGAUACGCAUAUUUUACAUCUAAGAAGACAUGGGUAUAAAACAUUAUACAGAAAUGACGAGAUUGUUCAGAUACAACGUCUUAUGGUAGAAUGUCUUGAGGAGUGUGGCUCUUGUGAUAAGGCACUGAUCAGUAUAAGCGACCUCUGCAUAAGUGAACUUGAACCCAUUCCAUGUCUACAAAGAAUCAACUCAGAUGAUGUGAUUUCUCUGAAUUUUGAAGAAACAUCAGAUAAAAAUAUAGUAGACUUUAUCAAACAAUGCAAACACCUGCAACAUAUUUGUAUUAAAUAUGUUUCCUUCAAAAAUAUGGAAGAAUUUUCAUUCUUGUCUCAACAACUGUCUGUUAAACAAAUAACACUGCAUUUUGUUGAUGUUUUAGAUACUCAAAGUUUUCAUGAAAUUGAUUUCUCUAAGCAGAAACAUCUUCAGAUACUUGAGCUGUUUUCCUGUGAAAAUAUAAGAAUUUCUGACCUCGCCACUGAACAACUUGAAUUUGUUCAUAUUGAAGACUGUCCUGGUAUAUUAGAUUUUGGACAUUUACAAAAUGAUAGCAGAUUGGCAGAACUUUACAUUGAGAAUUAUGAUGUUGAUUUGGUAUCUGGGCAUAAUUGCCAAAGAAUUGACCUGUCCGAUCACAAUCACCUCAAAAAACUUAAAUUGAUAAAGUGUCAUGAUAUGUUAGUUACAGGCUUCAGUAUUGACCAACUUGAACAUAUGUACAUUAAAGACCUGCCUCAUACAUUAGAUUUUGAUCUUUUAUCAAAAGCUAGCAGACUGACUGAACUUCACAUUGAGAAUUGUGCUGUUGAUUCGCAGUCACAGCAUGCACGUCAUGAUAUUGAUCUGUCCAGACAAAAUCAUCUCACAACUGUUAUGCUGCUUGACUGUCCUGAUAUAGUAAUUACAGGUAUGAAUACAGAGAAACUUGAACAGACAUACAUUCGCGGAUGUAAAGAUACACUAGGAGAUACAAAUAUGUUUUCAUAUUCAAGGAAAGACAUGGAACUUCAUGUUAAUUGUAUGACGGUUAACACAGCAAUUCUGAAACCAUUAUUACAACAGACAUCUUUGAGACAAGUGACCUUGGAUAAUGUAAAAUGCUACAAGAAUGAAUUUCUUCCUGUUGAUUUGUCUGCACAUAAUCAGCUCCAAAACAUUAAGCUUGUAAAGAGUCCUCAGAUACAAAUUUUGAACCUGAACACUGAACGUCUUGAACAAGUGCACAUUGAACACAGCCCUGAUAAAGUUAUUUUUUAUCUUUUAUUAAAUGCCAGAAGACUGACUGAACUCACCUUUCUGUGUAAUUUAUUCAGAAAACAAGAUGGUGAUGUUGUACACACUUUACAUAAUCUUGACAAACUUCAUGUAAAGUUUAACUAUAUAGAUACAAAUGCUCUUACUGUGACACCAGAUAUGAGAAGACUAAAAACGAUUAAACUGGAAUAUGUAGACAUGUGUAUAGACACGUGGCGUACAUUUCUUGACAGUCUUCUGACUCUUCAUCAGUCUGUUGAGGUUAACAUAAAAAUAAAAACAGACAAUACGAAUGAUGCAUUUGUGUCUUGGGCUUUUCCAGAAAUCAGACAAUUAUAUUUUUAUGUUGCUCUCAAUCCAAAGUUUAAAGUGAUAUCGGGACAUGACGAUUAUGAGUUAUGCUUUCAAACAAAAAUUGCAGAUUCCUUUUGUUUAAUGCAUUGAAAUAGAAACAACGUAUUUCAUGUUCAAAUGUGUAAAGGCUAUGUUGUUUCUGCGAGGCAUAGUUUUCAUGCUAAAUGGUUGCUUAUAAUAGUUUGACUUUGUUCAAAGGCACAUUAUGCCUCUUAAGCAAAAAUAAAUAAAAGCAAUAAAUAUAUACUUUUUUUAGAAUGGACACACACUAAAAUUUCAAAACCUUUUAAUAAUGAUUUUAGAGCUAUAAGCUGUUUUUUUGCCUGAUGAAGAUAGCGCUACAUGUGAUGCUAUUUGUCAUAAAAGAAGUAAAAUGUAAACUACAUAUGUAAGUAGUAUUUUGACUUCUGUUUAAAAUACUAAAUCGCAAUAAAAGGUAUUAAUUGCGAAACAUUAACAGAAGCAAAAGAAUGUUCAGAUCAUAAGCCAAUGAAAAACCUUUUGGAAAUUAUAAAUGUAGACCAAAAAUAAAAAAAGCUUUGUGAAAUAAAAAUAAAAUAUUUUAUGUGGCAAAAAUAAAAGAUUUCUUGUAUAAAUAUCAUUGACGAAACGCAUUGUUUUUCCUUCUAAAAUUAUAUUAAUAGUAUAUGAUAAUUCCUAUAGAAUUUGAUAAGUUUUCUAUGAAUAUAAUUUUAGAAAAUUAUAAAUGAUAUAAUAAACAUGUUGAAUGAAACUAUUUACUUUGGGAGACAGUGGAUAUAUAGUCUUGAAAUAUAUUUUACUAGGACAAAAUCUUUUGUUGUACUUCAGAUGUGUUAAUUUAUAUUGAAUGUCCUUUAUUUGACCUUUAGUUAUAGUGCCAUCGACAGAGGAAAAG